AUGCUCGGCAAAACGGAAGUAGAAGAGCUCGCUCUGACCGCCUGUUGUCAACCCAUUCGAGCACCAUCCAUAGCUCCCGUCAUAUCAGGGCUUGCUUUCACAGCAGAUAAUGAUGGAUAUCUCACGAUGAUAAAGAAUGAGAAAAGAUUCAAGAGUGGGCAAAAUGCUCCAUAUCUACCGCCAAAGAAACAAGGGCAGCUGCAGGUGGGACAUUCAUUGCCCCUCUUGUCGAACAAUAGGCCUCAGUCUUCACUAGCGUUCGACUACGCUAUCCAAAAAAAUAAAAAAUGGAGAGGUCAUUUUAAAGAUCAAAAGGAAGGGUUAGAGUACCCAGGAAACAAAUCAAACGAAAACCUCGUUAGAUCAAACUUCACCUUGACCAAUGACUUUGCACAUUAUAUGCAUGCAUCUCUUUGUCCAUAUUUGAUGAAAGGAAUUGUUGAUGAAUACUUUGCGGAGGAAAAUAGAACGACACCGUCCUAUCUGUCAGUAGUGCGAGACGAGCUUUCUGAUGUGUUUACCGAUUUCCACAACGGAAUGUUAACAGGAAGAUUGAAUAACAACAUUUAUUCAACACUUAAGUAAAUGUGUUCUUUUGGCAUGGGGAAUUUCAACAUUCCCUUAGCAUGUAAACAUUCCCCGGAUGACAAAAAAACACUUGAGCCAGUAAUUAAAAGCAACUGUGGUUAAUCAUGCAG